GUACAGAUCAUCGGGAUUUUUGUUCGUACUGGAAGUAGGACCUCGGCAUCGGCUUUAUCGAACGAUGAACGAAUCAGUCAUUUAGAACCCUUAAAAUCAAAAGGAUGGAAGAUUGUUGAGGGACGAGAUGCGAUUCAAAAGAAUUUUAUUUUCAAGGAUUUCAAUGAAGCUUUUGGCUUUAUGACACGUAUAGCAAUGCAAGCUGAAAAAAUGAACCAUCAUCCGGAAUGGUUCAAUGUUUAUAAUAAGGUUGAUGUAACGUUAAGUUCGCAUGAUGUGAAUGGUUUAUCGAUAAGAGAUGUAAAGUUGGCUGAUUUUAUCGAAAAAUUAAUUGCAUGA